CGACGGGUGCUGCGUGAGGGGACGCGAUGUGAAGCUGCCUCCACACGGCCCGCCAGGGCAGACGGCGGUGACGCCCGGGACGUGACGAAAAGCCUCAGUAUGAAGCAAGGUGGAUGGAGAAAACGAGCCAGUGAGAGAGAUGGCUGGGGGACAUGGGGAGGAUAUAUGUCUGCCAAGGUACAAAAACUGGAAGAUCAGUUCUGUUCAGAGGCAGCUAUUCAACAUCAAAAAGAUGGAACUUCAUCCAGUAUCUUCAGUGAGGUAGCCAUCUAUGUCAAUGGCUUUACAGAUCCUUCAGCUGAUGAACUAAGAAGGCUAAUGAUGUUGCAUGGAGGGCAAUAUCAUGUAUAUUAUUCCAGAUCCAAAACAACGCACAUUAUUGCAACAAAUCUUCCAAAUGCCAAAAUAAAAGAACUCAAAGGGGAAAAAGUAGUUCGACCAGAAUGGAUAACAGAAAGCAUAAAAGCUGGGUGUCUCCUUUCGUACAUUCCAUAUCAGCUUUACACAAAGCAGUCAAGUAUUCAGAAAGGCCUCUGUUUCAAUACCAUAUGCAAACCGGAAGAUCCUAUUCCAGAUAAUGCAUUCAUUUUGAGCUCAACCAAGCAUCCGAGCUGUAUAAUGCAUGUGGAUAUGGACUGCUUCUUUGUGUCAGUGGGUAUUCGAGAGAAGCCAGAUCUAAAAGGGAAACCAGUGGCUGUUACAAGUAAUCGAGGAUCAGGAAAAACAUUACUUCGUCCAGGUGCAAACCCACAGCUGGAAUGGCAAUAUUACCAGAAUAAAUUAUUGAAAGGCAAAGCAGAAACUGGUAAAUUGGACUUGUCCACUGAGCAUAAGCUGGAAUCUCCCCAAGUAAAUGGAAAUGAAUUUGAUAUAUCUGUCUCAUCGAUGGCUGAAAUUGCAUCUUGCAGCUAUGAGGCUAGACAAGCUGGUAUAAAAAAUGGAAUGUUUUUUGGGCAAGCAAAACGAUUGUGUCCAGAUCUUCAAGCAGUAUCCUAUGACUUUCAAUCAUAUAAAGCAGUUGCACAGACAAUGUAUGAAAUUCUGGCAAGCUAUACUCAUAACAUUGAAGCGGUCAGUUGUGAUGAAGCAUUAGUAGAUAUCACUGAAAUCCUUGCAGAGACUGGACUAUCCCCUGAAGAAAUAGCCAAUGCUAUCCGUACUGAAAUAAAAAACAAGACCAAAUGUUCUGCUUCCAUUGGAAUAGGUUCAAACAUUUUAUUGGCUAGAAUGGCAACUCGCAGUGCAAAGCCUGAUGGACAGUACCACUUAAAGCCAGAAGAAGUGGAUGAUUUUAUUCGAAGUCAACUAAUAAUUCAUCUUCCAGGAGUUGGCAGGACAAUGGAAUCUAAGCUGUCGGCACUGGGUAUAAAAACUUGUGGAGACCUUCAGUGCAUCACUAUGUCGAAGCUCCAGCAAGAAUUUGGUCCUAAAACAGGACAAAUGCUCUUCAGAUUCUGCCGUGGUCUGGAUGAUAGGCCAGUUCAAAGAGAGAAAGAGAGGAAAUCUGUUUCAGCAGAGAUCAACUAUGGCAUAAGAUUUACCCAG